ACUCACAGAUACAGAAGACAGCUGAUGAACAUGGGCCAAGUGGAAAUAAAGCGAGUGCAACCCAGCAGCAGGCCAUCUCUACAGCUUUCCUAAGUUCUUCAAAGUACAAAACAGAAUCAAAGGAACAACAGACCAAGGAGCAGGCCAUAGCUAGAUGGAUUGGACGCACAGGUUUGCCACUCACAACAAUUGAAGACGAGGACUUUAUUCAAAUGAUGGAGAUAGUAGAUAGGAGACUAACAGUUCCAAAGAAAACUAAAAUGAGCAAUUUGAUUGAAACACAGUAUGAACAUGAAAGACAAAAAUUCAAAGAGAGACUUGCUGCUGCCCGGAGAGUAUCCAUUGGGCUUGACUUGUGGACAAAAAAAGGACUGACGGCCUCAUUUCUUGCUAUAAGCGCAUGCUACUUUUGUGUUGAACAAGGUAAACCUGUACACAUAUUGUUGGCCCUUGAACAAGUAGCUCACCCACACACUGCACAGUCUAUUAAGGCAUGUGUGGACAAAUGUAUGCAAGAGUGGGCCAUACCAAAGGAGAAGAUUCUGACAGUAAUAACGGACAAUGGGAGUAACAUGGUGGCUGCCUUUAAAAACACCACAGCAGAAGAAAGCAGCUCUGAGGAGGACUCCCCUGGGUCCAUGAUGGAAAGUGACUCUGAAAUUGACGACCAGCGGUACCAUCAUGUCGACAUGGAAAUGGACCGGACACCGUGCGUGGUGCAUACCAUACAACUUGUGGUCCACAUGUUGCAGAAAGAGACAACUGUCAAAAGAGUCCUCGAUAAAGCAAGGUUUGUGGUAAAACUCUUUCGCAAGUCCUCAGUUGCAACACAGAGGUUAUUGGACCAGUGUGGUGUUAUUGUUGUAAAUGACUGCCCCACACGCUGGUCAAGCACAUUCAACAUGGUCACACGACUACUCACAGUCAAAGAUGCAGUCUGUCAAAUCACAAAUGACAUGGGAUGGGACAGUUUGCUUACAAGUGAGUGGCAAAAGCUUUCAUCAUUGCAUGACCUACUGCUGCCUUUUUGCGGAACACACUAAAACUCUCCAGAGUGACACCACAUCUAUGUCCCUAGUUGUUCCUGCUCUCUUUGAUCUGCUGAGCCACCUAACUGAAUUUGCAGAGAAAACUCGGUACAGAGACCUCGCCACUCUUGCAGAGAAAAUGAGAUCCAAUCUGAACCAGCGUUUUGCUUGCCUCUUGGAUUCAAACGAUGAAAAGUUCUCAGCACUUGCAGCAGCUGCCUGCUUUGUCAAUCCAACUGUCUGUGAAAUCCUUGUUAAUGUUGAUGUGGCUGAUGGAAAUAUCAAUGAACUGCUGAAACAGGCAGAAGACUAUGUUGUCAAAUGCACUUUACCACACACAAGACAGGAGGACCAGUAUGAUGAUGAUGAAGAAGAAGAAAAGGUUAUAGAUGAACAAGAAGCAGCGACAUCCUCAAAGCAGCCGGUGUUUAGGUUCCUCUCAAAAUGCCGCACAACAAGGCCUAAACAGAAAACCUCUGCAACCAGCAUCAGGCAGCAGAUCAUCAAGUAUAAGGAAGAACUUUCACAUCCCAUCACUGCAGACACAGGAACAGACUUCUGGCUGGAAAAGAGUGACAGUUUUUAUCACAGUUUAAAACCUUUUGCAUUAGACUUGUUGGCUAUACCAGCUUCUCAAGCUUUUGCAGAGAGGGUAUUCAGCAUCACAGGUGACCUCACAAGAGGACGGCGCAACAGAGGAAGGGUCACAUUGGAGCGAAGUGCUUUCCUUAAAAUGAACAGAAACAAAUAGAACCGUUGUAAUCACUACUAUUUACAGCAUUUGCUGUAUAUGCACAACUUGAAUGAUACUGAUUUUUGUUUAAUUUGAGAGCAGAGAUUUUUUUGUUCCAUGCAAUAAUGGCAUUACAGCUUAGCAUGUAAUUCACUUGUUUUGAGUUGAGCUCAUUGAUACUAGUGUUAAUUAGUAACAGAAGAAAUAUUUAUUUUAUGUGCAAUGACAUUACAACCAAUGCAUAUUUUCUUUUACAUGUGUUUUGUUGUUCUUUUCAAAUGAACAUUAAGGAAAUAUUUAUUUGGUAGUGUGUGCAAUGGCAUUACACAUUUUGUUCUUAUUAUUUGUGCUUAUUAUUUUUGAGAAUUGCACUUUAUUUUUAUAUUUUUGAACUUAAUGUUUUUGAUUUUACACAGGCUGUAAGUUCAGAGUUAGGUGGUUAUCUGUUUUCAUAAUAUUGGACCAUCUAUAUUUUUCAGGGAGAGUGGUUUUAAGCUUAUUUUAUGUGAGCUCUUUGAUAUUUAAGAAUAAAAUAAAAUGCAUGUUUUGCAUUACAACAGUUAAAUCUGUGUCUGUAUUGCAUAUUCAGAUCUUAAUACAAUUGCAUAGCAGACUGAUGGAUACUUCCAAUGACCGGAAAAUCUGGAGAAACA